AUUGUCUGUUAGAAGAUUAAGAGAUGUCAUCAUUUUUAAAACCAGUGCCAGCCUCAUCACCACCUAAAUCUAGAAAUACAAUAUCGCCAAAUACGCAAUCCAAAAGUCCAUAUUACAAUGAAUUGCAGCAAGGAUCGACUUUACAGAAAUCCUAAUAAAGUCUAAGGAACUCCCAUUACAUUAGUAAGUUUGAGAAGAGCAUCGAUAUGGAUAUGAAACAAAGCAAUACCUUUAAUAAUCCAGAGUUUGAGAUUAAGAAAUUAAUGAAUUUAGUGGAAUUACAAUAGCAUGAAAUCAAUAACUGGAAACGUCGCUAUGAACAAGCAGAGACUAGAUGUAUCACAUCUGAUCAGACUUAGACAAUGCUAGAAUAUGAGAAACAUUUGGAUCAAUUGACCAAAGAAUUAAAAAAUUCUAUAUAAUAGAAUGACGAACUCAGCAAUAAAUUGAGAGACAAGGAUACCCAAUUGCUUCGAUUGAAUAAAUAAAUAGAUAUUCAGAAACAAUAAUUGAAUGAUUAUUCAUCUGAACUAAAGUAUCUUUAACAUGAAAAGGUGAAUUAGGAUAAGGAUGCAUCAAUACAAUUGUAUCAAAAGGAUUAGAAAUAUAAUUAAAAUUUAUAAGAGAUCUAACAAGCACAUUUAGAACAAUUACAAUUAAUGGAUGAUCAAAUUUAGAAACUACAAGAUGAAUUAGUGAGAAGAAAUCAGGCCAUUGAAUUUUAGAAAUAAGAGAUCGUCCAAUUGGAUAAAAUUGUAAAUGAGAUAAAGACAGGAGAAAAGAAUUUGAUGUAACAAUUAGAGUCUCUGAAAGUGAAGUAUUAGGAACUUUAAGAGGAAAAGAAAAGAGAAGUCAAUAAACUAAUAUAAUAAAAUGAAUAAUAAGUUAAAUCAUAAGAAAAAGAGUUUCUAGACGAGAAGGACUGUCUAGUGGAUAGAAUUGGAUAGCUUUAAUAUGAGAAUAAUAUUUUGAAUUAAUAAAUACUAGAAUAGUAGAAUUUAAUUUAAGGAUUGUAAGAUGAGAUAUAAUCACAAGUGGAAUAGAAUUGCAACUUAUAAGAGUAGAAUCAGUUGAGCACUUAGGAUUUAGAUUAAAAGUAUAGAAAAUCAGUAUCAGAAAUAAAGAUGGAAUAUCAAUAAUAGAUUAAUAAAUUGUUGUAAGAGAUUUAAAAGCUGAAUUAACAAUUAGAUUCAACUUAAAAUUAAAUAUAGUAAAACUAGUAAUUGAAUUAAGAAUUGUAGAUUGCACUUGAGAAUUUGAAUUAGCAUCAUUAGACUACAACAGCUUAAUUAAAGUAAGUGUAGAAUGAUUAUGAUUCUUUGCAAUUGCAAUAUGACAAUGACAUUUAAGAGCAGAAUUAAGAUAUUGAAUAAUUAAACGACUAAGUUAAUCAAUUGAGUGAACUAUUGGAAUAGAGAUCAAAUGAAUUUGAUGAAUGCAGAUAAUAGAAGGGAUAGUUAGCUUUAAGAAAUAAUGAGAAUAAUUUAUUGAUACAAAGAUUGUAAGUGGAGUUGGAAUGUCAAAAAUAGAAAUUGAUUGAGAUACAGAAAUAAUAGGAGGUAUCAGAAUAAGUGAAGGAUGAAAUCAAGAGAUCUCAGAUUGAAUAGAUCAGGAGAUAGAUGGAGUCAUAGGUCGAGAUUCUGGAGAGUGAGAAUAGAACUCUGAGAUACUAGAUAGAGAUGAAGAAUAGAGAAUGCGAGGAGUGGAAACAAUAGUAUACUAGAAAUUAAUGA